UAAUGGAGUUUCCGGGGCACUCCGCGCGACUUUGGUCCCGCAGCAGAGCCCACAAGGCGCAGGACCCUCGCCGCUCAGCUGAUCUCUGCGGCCUGGGCGAGGACCCGCCUGAGCGGUCCGCCAAGCACGUGCCGCCGGCGGGGUCGGAGGCCCUCAGGAUGUCUGCGGUGUUCCGGAAGCCCAAGACGUUCAGGCUGCGGGCUCUGCACAGCCAGAGGAAGUUUGGGGUGGCGGGGUGGAGCUGCCCCGAGGUGCUGCAGAAGGGGUGCCGCCACUUUCAGCUCCCUGUCACCGGCUCCCGCCUGUGCCUCUAUGAGGAUGGCACGGAGCUGACCGGAGAUUACUUCUGGGGUGUCCCUGACAACUCGGAGCUGCUGCUUCUCACCUCGGGCCAGACCUGGCAAGGCUGUAAGUGGCGGGGACUUCAUCAGCACUGCAGGAUACAGGAUCGAUACAUUCUGUUGGUCCCCCUUCUGGUGGCAGAUGUGAGUGACAUCAGUCGCCUCCUCAGCGUGUUCCACAAGCCGCACGCGGGGCUCAUCCAGGCCGCCCAGCAGCUGCUCUCCGACGAGCAGGCCCCGCUGCGGCAGAAGCUGCUGGCCGACCUCCUGCACACCGUCAGCGAGAACAUCGCGGCCGAGACCAGGGCCGAGGACCCGCCGUGGUUCGAAGGUUUGGAGUCUCGAUUCAGGAGUAAGUCUGGGUACCUGAGGUACAGCUGCGAGAGCCGGAUCCGGAGCUACCUGAGAGAGGUGAACUCUUACGCCUCCGUGGUCGGUGUGGAGGCUCAGGAGGAGUAUUCCCGCAUCGUGGACGUCAUGUGCCGGGAGCUCAGGGCGGCGCAAUACAACGGCAGCUACUUCGACAGAGGCGCCGAGGCAGGCGGCCGGCUCUGCACGUCCGAGGGCUGGUUCUGCUGCCAGGGUCCUUUUGACAUGGACACCUGUGCAUCCAAACACUCCAUCAAUCCCUACGGUAACAGGGAGAGCCGGGUCCUCUUCAGCACGUGGAACCUGGACCACAUAAUAGAAAAGAAGCGCACGGUGGUCCCUGCGCUGGCUGAGGCCGUUGCAGAGCGAGACGGCAGAGAAGUGGCCUGGGAGUAUUUCUACAGCCUGCUCUUCACCUCGGAAAACCUGAAGUUGGUCCACAUCGCCUGCCACAAGAAAACCACCCACAAGCUCAGCUGUGACCCCCGCAGGAUCUACAAACCGCAGACGAAGCCGAAGAGGCGGCGGCCGGCCCGCAAGUGCCAGUGACGGGCCGCACGCGCCUCCUCCCCUGGGUAUGCGGGAUUCCAGUGGCUGUUAUCGAUGGCUCCUGGAAACACUUCAGAG